AUGGAUGGACUGCUCGGAUACACUCUAUCAAAGCCAAUCUUCUCCAACAACAAAACAUACAAAGACGCCUUCGCCCUUUUCGACAAGAAGGGUACUGGAAAGAUCCCUGUCGAGCACUUGGGUGACUUGUUGAGAGCCGUUGGCCAGAACCCUACUUUGGCCGAGAUCUCUGAAUUGCAAAGCACUAUUGAACUGCCAGAGUUUGAUUUCGAAACCUACGAGAAGAUUAUCAACAGACCAGACGGUUUCAAGCCACUUGGGCUUCCUGAGGACUACAUCAAGGGUUUCCAGGUCUUCGACAAGGACCAGACUGGAUACAUUGGUGUUGGUGAGUUGAGAUACAUCUUGACGUCGAUUGGCGAGAAGUUGACGGACGCUGAGGUUGACGAGUUGUUGAAGGGUGUGAAUGUCACUGCUGAGGGCAACGUCGACUACGUCGAGUUUGUCAAGUCUAUCUUGGACCAGUAA